AUGAUAAAGUUCCAGCUGCUACUCCUGCUGGCCCUGGUUGGCCCUUUCUGCACCAUCGCACGCGCAAGUACUCUGGUAGUGCCCACUGAGGCAGAUUUGGAGGUGGUCACCGAGGCUCCCGAAGCAGUGGCUCCUGAAGCGACCGAGGAACAGAAGGAGCCCGAAGCUACAGAAGCCGCUCCAGAGGAGGCAGCCACUGAAGCAGCUGCCGCAGAGCCCGAACCAGAAGUGACCGAUGCCCCGGCCGCGGCAGCAGAACCAGAACCAGAACCAGAACCAGAGCCAGAAGCCACAGAGGCUCCUGCUGUGGUCACAGAAGCUCCCGCUCCUGAGGAAGAGGCCCCCACAGAGGCGGCCUCCGCCGACGCUGAACCCCAUGUGACCGUGGCUCCAGAAGCCCCCGAAGAAGCCGCAGAGCCUGAGGCAGCAGCUGAGGCAGAGGUGGUACCUCAGGAACAACCAGAGGGAGAGGUGACAGUAGAGGAACCAGAGGAAGGCAUGGGAUCAGGACAAGUAGUUGGCAUCGUGAUUGGCUCCUUGAUCGCGGUGAUCGUGGUCAUUGCCGUGGUGAUCGUGGUGGUGAGAAGGAUGGGCCAGUACUCCCCUUGAGGAGAAAGGCACGACAGGAAGAGAAGAAGAAGAAGUUCUGGAAAUUCUGAACUACUGAACUAUGUCAUUUCCUGUCCUUAAAUAAGCAUGCUACCAGCACUCUAACCUAUUCGGGAUUCUGAACUGAUGAGGAAAAAGGUGGGAGGGGUGACA